AAUUAAAAAUAAAAUAUUCGAAUUCUAAAGUCGAAACCUUGUGAGUGGAAAAGACGCCAUAGACGAAAAGUUUUCCUCUCUCUCUCUCCCUCUCUCAACCCAGCGAUGAGCCUCUUCGGUAUAGGCAGAAACCAGAGAACAUUCCGUCCAAAAAAAAGUACUCCAUCUGGAAGUAAGGGAGCUCAACUCAGAAAACAUAUUGAUGCCACAUUGGGUAGUGGAAAUCUGAGGGAAGCAGUAAAGCUACCUCCUGGGGAGGAUUUAAAUGAGUGGCUAGCUGUCAACACUGUUGAUUUCUUCAACCAGGUGAAUCUGCUUUAUGGUACCCUUACAGAGUUCUGUACUCCCGAGAAUUGUCGGACAAUGUCUGCAGGACCCAAGUAUGAAUAUAGAUGGGCAGAUGGUGUACAAAUUAAAAAACCUAUUGAGGUUUCUGCACCAAAAUAUGUAGAAUAUCUGAUGGACUGGAUUGAAGCACAGCUUGAUGAUGAAUCCAUAUUCCCUCAGAAGCUUGGUUCACCAUUUCCUGCCAACUUCAAGGAAGUUGUGAAGACGAUAUUCAAGCGUUUGUUCCGUGUAUAUGCUCACAUAUAUCAUUCUCACUUUCAGAAAAUUGUGAGCCUCAAAGAAGAGGCCCACUUAAACACUUGCUUCAAGCAUUUUAUACUCUUCACCUGUGAGUUUGGGCUGAUUGACAAAAAGGAGCUGGCACCCCUUCAAGAGCUUAUAGAGACCAUUAUCGUCCCAUACUAGAGAAGUGAAUCGGGUCCUACCUUCUGUGAAAAAUCUUAUCCUAGAAAGCACAACUAAUGUAUUACUCUAAAUAGAAACUGCAUUUUAGUAUUUGACUUCACAAAGCCUCCUUGCAUUUGUCGUGUUAUAUGUGCUUGGGAACAGGAUCUAAGUUAUCCUUCUUCAAAGCUUACCAGAGCAUCUUUUAUAUGCAGUGGGGCAUCAUAGAUUUAAAAAAGAAGUUAAUUGCAAUGGUUCGUAUAUGCUAAAUGUGAAGUUUGAAGUUGGAAGGUUGUUUGCCAAAACAAUGUUCACUAAUAAUUUAGUAACACAUGAACUAUGCGUAUUUCUA